AAUUAAGCCCAACAAUCAUUAACCGAUCUAUAUGUUUGUUUUUUUUUUAUUUGACAGGGAUGCCUGGCAGAAAGAAUACAAUAUUGUACGCGUGCUGCCCGGAACCAUACGUGGAUGUAACGUUUACCAUCCAAAUCAGAAGGCGCACAUUGUACUACUUCUUCAAUCUGAUAGUUCCUUGCGUACUCAUCUCAUCUAUGGCUCUGUUAGGCUUCACAUUACCACCCGAUUCUGGCGAGAAACUGACACUAGGUGUCACCAUUCUUCUUUCAUUGACUGUAUUUCUCAACCUAGUAGCUGAAAAGAUACCGACCACCUCCGAUGCAGUUCCGUUGAUAGGUAUGCUAGGCCCACAGGAGCAUCAUGUGUUUGACGCCCUAUGUCCCCUACGGACUGCCCGUUGAUACUUGGAGGCGCCGCCGCUGCAUGAUCCUCCCCUCCACCCACAUCCUUGCUUCACCACUUAGCUUAGUUCCCAGCGGCGCCGUGGUAAGUAACGUCUACGAAGGGAUGGAUUUUGUCCAUGCCGUGAUCCCACGACGUUUUUUCUCUCUACACCUUCUCACUACCGAACACC